CUUGGAGGUCUUUUCCAACCUUAAUGAUUCCGUGAAUCUAUGAUCCCUAUUCUGCAGGGAUACAGAAAUCUCUUUAGAUUCUACUAAAGUGAAAGUCAAGAGGGAAGGGUUUUGUUUUGGCUCAUGGAAAUUUUUACUCUCUCAAGAUAACAUGUUUAUCUUUAUUAUAUUUUUUUUCAUGAAAAUUCAAAAUUCCCAUUCCAGCUCAGGCAGUAUCCCACAGGAUAAAACAUUCAACUGAGGAAGAAGAAGGAGGGCAUGGCACAAAUCAUGACUAUGGCUUAUGCAAGCAAAAUGUGGAUGGCUUUAUCUAAAUCCCAAUGAUCUGACCACAGCCUGCUUUCUACAGAUACUCCUCCAGGCCCAUCCAUUGGAGCAGUCCCAGCUUGGGUCAGGGAGAGAGACUGACUGACCAGUGCAGCCUUCCUAGCACUUAAAUGGGAGGUGGAGGAUGGAAAUUCAAGUUCGAGACCAGCAAAAGGCAAAAUAAUUGGCCUCCUAUCUCCAUUGCUCCAGUAGCAAACUCUAAUAGUGGAGCAGGAGGAAAUAUUUCAAGAGCAGAAAUUAUAUUUUGUCAGAACAAAACCAAACAAUCUCCUGCUAAAAAUAAGCAGUAUAGCUUCAGAUAGCUUUAGCAGGCAGAAUUACUGCGUUAGAAGCUUGCCAGGCAACUGUAAUGCCACUCUUCUUCCUUAGUUACUUUCAGCAAGCACGGGCACCUCAACUGGUGUAAUUCACAGAGAUGAGCCAGAAGGUAGUUUGCAUUUGAGGAACGUGGUGCUUCAGCUCCUAGACUUCAACAGCCACCCAAGCAGAAGGACUGUGAGCCAAUCCAACUUAUGCUUUUCUCGCAGGUUGUUUUGCCAGCAUUCAUGAUGCUGGGAGCAGGCGGAGCAGGAUGUUGCGCUAACAGAUGUGGGAUGCUGCUGUCAGUGCUUCUGGCUCUGCUGGGGUUUGCAGGAGCAGUGUACUGCGCAGUCUUCUCCUCAAUGGGGUUGAUUGGGGGCCCUCUGUGUGACACGGGUGAUGGAGAAUACCUCUAUCCUUUCAGAAACAACACUCUAGAAUACAAUUAUUUGUUCAACCAGACAACAUGGAGCAUUUGCAAAGAACCUGAAAAUAUCAUCCUUUGGAAUAUUGUCCUUUUCUCUGUUCUCCUGGCCAUUGGUGUGAUUGAAGCAAUUCUUUGCUUAAUUCAAGUCACCAAUGGACUAAUUGGCUUUGUGUGUGGCACAUGUAUGAGGAGAAGAAAGACAAACAUUUCGGGAAUGUGAACCACCUGCAGGGGAUACCAAGACAUGCCUUGAGCUGCAAAGUCGUAUAUUACAAAAAUGAUGCAUUGUGCUGUAUUUAUGAGGGGGAACAAAGAAACCCGCAAAUGUUCAGCAGCUUCAGGGGGGGUAAAAUGGAUUUUUUAAAUGAAGAAAUCAAGGUUGAAAAUGGCUAGGUCAUUUACAUCUAAGACUCCAGAUUUUCAUCUGUCUAAAUACUCCUGCUGAAACUCAGGUAGAGUCAGAAACACAGAUCUGUCUGGUCCAGUCUGCCAUGUUUAUGUAUAAAGUAAAGUCCCCACACAGAAGCUCACCAUUUGCCCUCUUGUGUUCAUGGGAAACCAAAUCACUGACAAUGUGUGCAUUUAUCAACUGCACAAAGCAAGAUGUAAAUAGCUCUGCCUGGAUGAAAAUAGUUUCCUGCCUUCUCCAGACUUACCUUGAGCUCACGUGUGUUCCUCUUAACUUGCUACCCAGGAACCCAGUUUUACUUUAGGAUCCACAGAGAAUAUAUUGAGUUGCACCCACAGCACUGCAGAGUCAAAUGAAGCACACAGACUUCAGCUUCCUUCAGGCACCCUGGAUCCAAAUCCCUUUCUUUGCUAUCUUGCUGUCACCAAAGCCCAAUUCUUCAGGUGCUACUGCUACAUGCAGUAGCCCUGGAAGACCAUUUUGGUCAACGUAGACCAUAUAUUUUGGAGCAAGAGUUUAACUAAGUGCAAAGGAGAACCUCAGCAUCAAUUUUGCCCUCACAAGACUGUGUAGAAAUCUCACUAAAUUCUGCACAGCUUUGUAGGGCUGUUGUAGAAUAGAUCACAUGCAUGAGCAAUUAACUGGUAAAGAAAAACAUUAAAUGAAUAAGGCGAGUAAUUACACACAGCACAACAGUAACAAAUCAGAGAUAUAAUCUGAAAGGCAGCAAAUUGCGUAAGUCUUACUGUUAUAGCAACAGUAAUCCCAAGGAGGAUCUGUGUAAUUCUCCACCAUCAUUCGCAGUCAAGCCUUUCAUGCCAAAGCCCAUGACUGGCAAGUUUCAGAAUCCCCAUCGCGUCACUGUCUUCCUCAAAGGCUAUUCUUGGGCAUGCCCCUGACUUCACCGAGUCAGGCAAACUGUAAGAAAAUUGUUAUCCAUCCUGAAUGCCUGUAGAGAGUUAUGAAAACCUAAAUAUAUCUAAAACUGUUGGAAUCCAUUUUCCAAAAAGUGGCACUUACGUUUUCUCAUUCAAGUGUUCAUAUUUCUGUAUUGUAGCAUGAGAGAAAGCCUUCUGUGCACAGCCAGACCUUCUACAUACAUACACGGCCAUAUGUGCCAUCCUCUAAUGCAGCACACGAACCCUUUGCAAAAACUGGUGAAAGAAAUGUCAGUAGUAAGAGGAGCACCUGGACACUUCCUUGAAACAUAACUUCACCCCUGGAAGCAAGCAGCUUGAUCUAUGAAGUUUAAAAUACCUGUUGUAAAGAGAGUGUAAGACUCGUUGAGGUUUGCCAGUGUGAUUUAGGUGCAUCCAAACUUGCCAGGUGACCUCAAAUCUGAUGUGCAUUGUAAGCAGCAAAGCUUGGGCAAUACCACCAUAAAAAACAAAACAAAACAAAACAAAAAAAACAGACACCAAUUGAUUCAACUGCGAAGGAAGUCAAGGAGGCAGUCAGACGGAUGCUCAGUAUGUAGUCAGAUUGAGAGACAGGAGUGAUGAGAUCUUCACAGCCCUUAAACAUCAGUCCUGCCCUCAUCCUUGAAGUUUUUUCACCCUGUUUCUUAUCUCAACAAGAGAUUCAGUUUGUGCUGCAGCAGGACCAGUACAAGGAAAGAUACCCAUCUGUAUCUAGCAUCCCACGGAAAGGUAAAUGUACUGCUGCCAUCUGUUUGUUCCCAGCUGUCCUGCCCUAGGGAUGCUUAGUGUUGUGACUGUAUAUUAAUGGGGACACCUCUGUAAUCACUGGUUUCACUGACAUAUGUAAAUAUUAAAUAUUGCUAUUCUGAAAUUG